UCAGCUCUUGCAAUAGUCAACUCUAUUACCCAAUCGCCCUUAGUUAUGCAAAUCUUGUCGAAGUUUUUUUUCUGUGGAGCACUCUAUGGUUAUCCGCAUUGAGCUUCACCGACAGCGCACUUUAUGUAACAUUAAUGACGUCUUUGGGCUUUGAACAUUAAAACGACAAGCGGUCUACUACAAAGGAUUGAAAGGAAGCGUGUUUCGCUAUGUUUGUUCCAAGAGGUUUACGGUAAUUGGUCAUAAAGCUGGAAGCUUAGUACCUAGCAUAGCGUUCGCUAACCAACGAGUUCGCCGGUACAGGCGGACCUCUUUGUCUGACAGGGGAAGGCGUGCUCUUUGUUCAGGCUUUUCCCUUUGUCCACUCGGGGAAAAAAAGAGGAACUGUUGAAGCCAGCAUUACAUAUUUAUUCGCAGCGCCAACGUAUUUAGAAAAUGCAAGUCGCGAAAAAAUACUUCACAGAAGGCCUGAUUCAGUUGACCAUCCUGCUCAGUUUGAUUGGAGUUCGCGUGGACAUCGACAGCUACUUGAGCGGCUACUACUCGCCUCUGAUUGAGAUUAACUUGGGUCCCAGCUCAGCCUACACCCAGACGCCCUUCCAUAACUUAAGAGACACUCUCGGGGGAUACACCGUGCACCCCAAAUGCCCCGAGUUGGACUACUUUUUUGCAAGUCGCCGGCUUCUAGAGGAGGUUCGGACUCUGGGCUCUCCGCGGUUCCCCACGCAGCUGAACGCAUGGCUGGUGCACCAAGUGUCGCCCGUUGACAAGUCUGACGGUGGACAGCCUUCAACAAGCAGCAGCGAAGACACCGAGCCGGACCCAGAAAGCUACCAAGCCAGUGAUGACAGGAACCAAGAGCUUCAGCGAUCAUCUCCACCUGAGCCUUGUGUCAGCAGGGUUAUAACAGAGGAGGACGAGGACGAGGAGGAUGAUGAUGUCGUUAAAGAGGAGGAGGAAUCUGCUCCUGUCACUCAGCUGGCACUCAGUUCCACUUUGGAACAAGAGUGUGUGCUUGAUGGCAUCGCUGCACUGUCUGAGUCACCGCGUGGCCCGCCGCCCACGACCGACUUUGACCAGCACUGGAGCAGUUUCCUCUCGAUGCCCGUCGCUAACCUCGACGACUUGGACUCUCUCGUUACCGAGCGCCUGUCAGACCUGGACAUAGACAGCAGCAGCGACAUCAACCUGGAUGCCGCUUUGCUGGACGCCAUGGUAACCAGCGGCGGAGCAUAUGACGGCAGGCAGCAUAGGCCGUUAUUCCGACAGGAAUCCACCGGCUCCACCCGCUCAGACGCUUCAGCGGGGAUGGCCCUGGGGCUGGCUGCGCUCCCGUUCGCCUCGGUGUGUAGCUUAAGUGGCGGCACGUCGUUGCAAAGCGCGCCGGGCGACUGCUUGGAUGAGGCCGUCUUUGACCAGAUCAAUCAAUUGGGGUUGGAGGGCUUGGAAAACAUGGACUCGCCGCUGAUGGAUUCUUUGGGAAGCAUAAACCCAGACAUCCUUGAGGAUUUGGACUCUGACUCUGGUCUCUCCCUGGAGAGCAGCUCUGGAGGUCCGGUCUCCCCAGGCUCAUCCGAGAUGUCAUCGUCGUCCAGCUCAUGCGAAGAUGAAUGCGGAGCAACAGGUUACAGCAGCGAGGUGGAUUCCCUCCCCUUUAAGGGUGUUUUGGACCGCGCUACCAUGUGGCCCCGCGUGGAUCUCAGUGAACGCGUGUGGCACGACCACAGCUACUCAUCUUCGGCCUUUUUGAACCUGCCACCAGUCACUCUCCCCCACAAAGGCAUCAAGGAGGAGCCUUCGAGCGAAGACGAGGGGCCCACUUUUGGACAGCGGGAGCUGAGUCGCGACGAGUUGCGCGCCCGCGCCAUGUGCAUCCCGUUUUCCGUCCUGCAGAUCGUCAACAUGCCCGUGGAGGAGUUCCUGGAGAUCGUCGACGGGCACGGCUUCUCCCCCGAACAGGUGACGCUUCUCCGGGACAUCCGGCGGCGGGGCAAGAACAAGCUGGCGGCGCAGAACUGCCGCAAGCGCAAACUCGACGCCAUCACGGGGCUCCAGGAGGAGGUGGACCGGCUCCACGCCCAGAGGGACCGGUUGCUGAGGGAGAAACAAAUCACGGCCAAGACGAUGGGGGCCGUGGGGCAGCAGAUACAGCAGCUCACCAGAGACGUCCUGGCUCGCCUGAGAGAUGAUUCGGGACGGCCCCUGAACCCGGACCGAUUCACCCUGCAGUGCGGGGCCAACGGGAGGGUGGUCGUUCAGCCUGUGAGAAGGCCGGCUGUCUCCACAUCGUCCAGCAAUAAAACGGACAAGAGGAAGAAGGGGAAAAAGCAGUGACGCAGUAUUUCUUUGUCCAACCUCAAGCGGAACUUUCUUGCCUUUCUCCGGCUGCGGGAUCGCCUUACCAAGGGUCUGCGCGCACGCGUGUCAAACCACUGCUGUUGGGGAGUCUUAUAAAGCUGCCAAAAAAGGAGAAACUCAUCAUAAGAGUUAGUUUAAAAAAAAGAUAAAAAUGACUCCUGGGGGGGUAAAUGUAGCUUACACACUGGACAUCCUAAGCUUCUUUCAGAUGAACACGUUGAAAGGAAAGUUUGUAUGGGACUGUAAGUGACGCAAACCACUCGCUUUGUGUGCCUGCAAAUAUCAAAAUGGAUCACAAAUGAAUGCUGGCUAGUCUCAGCGACGGGCAUGUUUACGUGUCAGCAUGGCCAGCCAGGCAAGAUUACGGGGACGUCUUGUUUGAAUUCAUCCUCUCAGUAUCGCUGCGACUCCCAGCAGGUGUUUCAAGGCUGUAUUUAUUAAACCAUUUUGAAGUGCGAGAAAUGCUUCUUUCACACGCAUCAAAAGCUGUCAAACGGCACUGUCCUUUUUUUCUAUAAUGGCAACCGGAUCCUAAAAGUGGAAAGAACUGGCAAAUGACAUAUCUGAUGUUUACAGAGUUCUUUCGGAUUUUUGCAAGUGUGUGCUGUAUUCGAGUUUGAAAUAAGAUGAGAGAUUGUGUUGCUUAUGUCUUGAUGACAUCAACGGUAUACCAAUGAUUAAACUGACAAGGCCUUAAGUUGCAUUGGAUGGUUUGUGAUGUGCAUGAUCCACAAUUUGAAAUCAUCAUGAAUUGGUUUAAAGCACCAUUUGUACUCAUUUAUUUGAGAGAUUUGCCAGGAUUAUUUUCUACCUUUCCACCUGAGUUCAUUUUAAAACUUGAGGGGGGGGAAAAAUGUUGAAAAAUAUAUUAAGUACGCUUUAACUAUCACUCCGGUCAUUGGUAAAAUGUAUGAUUAUUACACUGUAUGAUCCUAAACUAUCCCCUUAAAGAUACAAUCACAUUUUAUGUUUGGGACUGAAAAGUAUUUAGUGAGGGUUGCUGUGUGUUUUUUUUUUUUUUUUCCUGAGGCAUUCUGCAAAGUCUUCAAAAAGAAGAUCCUCAAUAGAUUGACAUCCACAACUUAGUUCAUUCUUUCUUUGGUUCUCACAUUUUCCAUUUUUAUUUAUCUGGUUUAACCAAGUGUUUACUUUUUAACUUGACUUGGUAUAAAUGUUCUCCCCCCUCUUCUCUCCAUCAUUGCUGGCCAGAUGUCUUUGAUUGCAUGGUGUUGUUGGAUGUGGUAGUCUGUUUUCUUCUUGGGGGGACUUCAAGAUGGUUUCUGACAUGAUUCUGAUUAAAAAUAUAAACAAUG